AUGAAACUGUUAUUUCUUACCCUAGGAAUGUGUGUUUUUGCUUAUUCGCCUUGCGUGUGGGGUAGAAUGGAGCUUCAUGCAGCUCCAAGAUUCAAUGUUAUUGACUAUGGUGCCAUCGGAAAUGGUGAAACUGAUGAUUCCCAAGCUUUUCUGAAAGCAUGGAAAGACACAUGCAAUGCAAGUUAUGGCACUCCAACACUUCUCAUACCCAAAGAGAAAACUUUCAUGCUGCAGCCUCUAUUGUUCAGUGGUCCCUGCAAGCCUGCAAUCGUUCACAUUAAGCUUAAGGGAAUCAUUAUUGCUCCAAAGAACAUUAAGGGUUGGAAAUUGGGAAAAGGUACUAGGAAGGCAUGGAUCCGUUUCAAGCGUAUAAAUGGUCUUGUUAUUCGUGGAGGAGGACAGAUUGAUGGCCAAGGUGCUCCAUGGUGGAAUGCCUAUUUCAAUUCUGAAAUUAACAGACCAACUGCUGUACAUUUUGGUGAAUGCAAUAAUCUAUUCCUGAGUGGAUUAACUCACAUCAAUAGUCCGAAAAAUCAUAUAAGCAUAAACAGAUGCAAUGGAUCCUUCAUCUCCAAACUUCAUUUUAUUGCACCAGAUGAAAGUCCCAACACUGAUGGGAUUGAUAUCUCUUAUUCAUCCAACAUUCUCAUCAAGAAUUCUAAGAUGGAAACUGGGGAUGAUUGCAUUGCCAUUAACCAUGGAUCAACCUUCAUAAGCAUAAUUGGUGUUUAUUGUGGACCUGGCCACGGCAUCAGUAUCGGGAGCUUAGGAAAAAAUGGAGCUCAUCAUACAGUAGAAGAGAUAUAUGUACGAAAUUGCACCUUCAAUAGAACCACAAAUGGAGCUAGAAUCAAGACAUGGAUAGGAGGUCAAGGAUAUGCAAGAAAGAUCACAUUUAAGGAUAUCAUAGUUGUGGAAGCUAAAAAUCCUGUAAUUAUUGAUCAACAAUACAACCCAUAUGAUAGUGCAGAAGCAGUGAGGGUGAGUGAUGUUAUGUAUGAUAAUGUGAGGGGAACCUCAAGUUCUCCACAUGCAAUCAAACUUCAUUGUGACAAAAACUUAGGUUGCACCAACAUUGUGUUGAAGGGGAUUAACAUAACUACCAUUGCUGGAAAGAAAACUUAUGCAUCAUGCAAGAAUGUAAAAGGGGUGUGCUCUUUCUGUAAUCCCCAUGUGCCAUGUCUUUCUCACUCCUGA